CAUUGAUGUGCCAAUCAGAGACCCCCAUAAAGUGUGCCCUGACCCACCAUAGCAACCUCGUUCAGUGACCGCCCUCCCCCUAGCCUAGCCCAAACUCAGCCCAGCUCUUGCGACCUGUUGCAACACCGCUUGCGGGAACGGGAAGCCCCUCUAUCGUCACCGCCAUAAGCCCCUCCAAAGCCCGCCCAGACCCAACCUAAGGACCAAGUCCAAGCCCAAGCAAGCCCGGGACAAAGCUCACCUCGACUCGACCUUGGCUGGGAUUAACGAGUAAGCUUUCUUCUUUUUCCUCUUCCCUUCCUCUCCUCUUCCUUCCUUUUUUUCUUACCUCCAACUUUCUUACCUAACCCGAUAUCUUCCUAGGUAUCGAUCCCUGGCUAUAGCAUCCUCCGUUUCUUCAACACCCCGCCUCUUGCACAUCAGCUUCGCCCCGCUCAUCCACCAUGGCUUCUCACGACGAUGAUACUAUGCCCGAGGAGACUCAGGGCUACAAGCUCUCGCAGCCAAAGCAGAGUCUGGCUGAGUACCAGCAGAUGGAUGCCGGCGAUGAGUCUCUCCAGCGAUAUAAGGAGUCCCUCGGUCUCGGUGGUGGUACUGACAUCUCCGACCCCAACGACCCCCGAGUCUGCAUCAUUCUCUCACUGACCAUGGACUCUCCUGGUCGCCCUCCCGUCACCAUCGAUCUCUCUACCCCCGGAAGCGAGACCACCCUCAAGGACAAGCCUUUCAACAUCAAGGAGGGUGCCAAGUUCACCAUGAGCGCCAAGUUCAAGGUCCAGCACGAGAUUCUCAGCGGUCUUCACUACGUCCAGGUCGUCAAGCGAAAGGGUAUCCGAGUCUCCAAGGACUCUGAGAUGAUUGGCAGCUAUGCUCCCAACACUGAUAAGCAGCCCACCUACGUCAAGAAGUUCCAAGAGGAGGAGGCACCUAGCGGCAUGCUUGCUCGUGGUCACUACAACGCCAUCUCUAGCUUCGUGGACGACGAUAAGAAGAAGCAUCUCGAGUUUGAGUGGAGUUUCGACAUCGCCAAGGACUGGUAGACAGACACCAACACCUUGAUAGCGCGACCCGACGACAUAACUCAAAAAAUACAUAUCACACACGUCAUGAGAUAAUGAGAUACCUGAACAUUGGAGAAGAAUUUUCACACAAAAAACUCACAUAAAAGCAAAAGAAACCCCCCCAAUUUGGGCCGGAGAAAGGUGGUUGCUCUGUUUCGUAUCAUCUACUCGUCACUGACGAGACAGUACUUGAGCUCGGUUUGGAGCUUCAAUGCUGGAGGAGAAUAAAAAUCCUUAUAUACAUCAAAGUCUAUGCUAUGCAAUGCAGGUCUAUUGUCUGUUGCAAUACGUGAAUGCUUGCUUUCAAGACAUGGUAUCAUUGAUGCGGAAUAUCGUGAAGCCCGAGCUUUGAAGCUCCAGGGCAUUGUAGGUGUGUAUUCGUAACAAAAUUCGUCUAUAAGAAGUAGUCUGG